ACCCUUGCCUCACUUCAUUCCAGUCCUGGGCGAGCAGUGUUGGGUUUAUGUCUUUAUUUGACGAAAACAAGCUGUUGUGCAGCCAUUGGUACCUGUAUUGGGGGAAUAUCGCAUACAAGCAAGGAGCUUACAGCCUCAGUGGCAAAAACUUUUUCCUGUCAGAGACCAAGAACUCUUGCAGUUAUGUCAUCCCUUCUUCUCCAGACGGAAGGUACCAAAAAGUUGCAAUCAAAGAUCUCUUCAUCUUAUUGAUAAAGCCACCAAUAAGCCACAAUGUCUGUCAACAUCAACCACAGUGUGUCAGGCCAGUUCUAUUACUACAACAUGCCCCGCCUGAUGGCCAAGGCUGAGGGCAAAGGCAAUGUAAUCAAGACAGUUAUGGUCAACAUGGUUGAUGUGGCAAAGGCACUUAACCGUCCUCAAACAUAUCCCACCAAAUAUUUUGGUUGUGAGCUGGGAGCACAGACCCAGUUUGAUGUUAAGAAUGACCGUUUCAUUGUCAAUGGAUCUCCUGAGGCGAAUAGGCUGCAAGGCAUGUUGGACGGAUUCAUUAAAAAAUUUGUUCUUUGUCCUGAGUGUGAGAAUCCUGAGACAGAGCUACAUGUUAAACCAAAGAAGCAAACAAUAGCCAAUUGUAAAGCCUGUGGUUAUCGAGGCAUGCUUGACACACAUCAUAAACUCCACACAUUCAUUCUCAAAAACCCACCUGAGAACAGUGACAGUAAUACAGGAAAGAAAGAAAAUAAAAAUAGGAAGGGCAAAGAUAAGGAAAACGGCUCUGUGCCCAGCAGAGAGACACCACCACCACCACCACCAUCAAAUGAAAUCAGUCCUCCUCCACAUGCUGUGGAAGAAGAAGAGGAUGAUGACUGGGGGGAGGAUACCACUGAGGAAGCUCAGAGGCACAGAAUGGAUGAAAUCAGUGGCCAUGCAAACGUUCUAACACUCAGUGGUGAUUUGGAAAGAACUGUUGAAGAAUGGGUCCAUAUCCUGUUUGAUUUUGUUAAGAAAAGGAAAGAAGGGGGUAUGAUCGACUCAUCGGACAAAGAAAUUGUUGCCGAAGCAGAAAGACUGGAUGUAAAAGCUAUGGGACGUCUUGUUUUGACUGAAGUUCUCUCUAAUGAGAUUAGAGAACAGAUUAAAAAAUACAGGCGCCAUUUCCUACGAUUUUGUCACAACAAUAGAAAAGCUCAACAUUGCCUUCUUCGUGGUUCGGAGUGUGUGGCAGCCGUGCGUCAAGCUCAGCUCCUCUCCAAGAUUCCACAUCUCUUGAAGGAAAUGUAUGACGCAGACCUUUCGGAGGGAGAGGUCAUCAUCAGCUGGUCAGAAAAGGCCUCAAAGAAAGAUGUUUCAAAAGAACUCACCAAAGAGAGUCGUGCCAAAGCAGAACCAUUUGUAAAGUGGUGGAAGGAAGCCGAGGAGGAGCCUUCAGGUGGUGAAGAAGAGGAUGAAGAUGAGAGUAUGGGGGUGGUGUGUUCGAAAACUGCCAGUGUACUGAAAGUUGCAGCUGCGAAGUCUGAUGACAAGGACGCUGGCUUUGAUAUUGAGGCCAUUGAAAGGGGUGGUGCAACCCACCUUAUCUGUUAUGCUGAGAAUCUUUGCACCAUCAGCCAGAGGUGCAACGUGUAUGUGCAAAAGCUAAAAUGGCUUAACAUCGUGCUACACUUUCUGCUCAAAACGUAUUGCUGGGAGUGGUCUGUUGUAAUUAAGCCCCAACGAGACACCUCAGGAGUCCAUACACACAUCAGUGAACAGAUGUAG